GGAUUAUUUUUUAUAUCAGAUAAAUGGCCGACAAUCGUCCACUUGGCAUCGGAUUCUUGUCGCGGUAAAUCGGAUCAGUUACAACGAUGUCGGACUCAGUGACAGUGGCGGAACAGCCCGCACAGGACUCUGUAACAAGCACGCAAGUGACAGUGGAAGUCACCGUGAACAGCGAACCUGUGACGCGAGACAGUAAGGCUGCGACGCAAGACAAUGAGGCUGCGACGCAAGACAGCGAGGCUUCGACGCAAGACAGCGGCGUGGAGCUCAAGGAAGCGCUGCUGCAAGUUGUCGCUGACAACGAAGGGGCUAUGCUUUUGAAGAACAUGAAUGAGCUCCUGCGGCCCGUAUCAGUGUCGGGCGUGAUGGAGCACGCUCUCGUGCACCGUGAGCGCGUCGGCGUGCAGGACUUCGUUCUGCUCGAAGACUUCAGGUCCGAAGCUGCCUUCAUUGACAACUUGAAAAAGCGGUUCAAUGAGAACAUUAUUUAUACAUACAUAGGCAAUGUGCUGAUAUCCGUGAACCCGUACAAGAACCUGCCCAUCUACACGGAGGAGAAGACCAAGCUCUAUUACAAGAAGGCCUUCUUCGAGGCACCACCACACGUAUUUGCGAUUGCAGACAACGCAUAUCGGUCUUUAGUUUAUGAACACAGAGAACAAUGCAUUUUGAUCUCAGGCGAAUCCGGUUCAGGCAAGACGGAAGCCUCCAAAAAGGUUCUAGAGUACAUAGCAGCAAGAACAAACCAUUUACGUAACGUAGAAACAGUGAAGGACAAACUCCUUCAAACCAAUCCUCUCUUGGAAGCCUUCGGUAACGCCAAGACCCACAGAAAUGACAACUCCAGUCGUUUCGGCAAGUACAUGGACAUACAGUUCAACUAUGAAGGCGCACCCGAAGGAGGACAUAUCCUCAACUACCUUCUGGAAAAGUCCAGGGUAGUUAGCCAGAUGAACGGAGAGAGGAACUUCCAUAUCUUCUAUCAGCUGCUGGCGGGAGCAGACCAGGAAUUGUUGAAGAAUUUGAAGCUGCAAGGCAGACCUGAAGCUUACAAAUACACUACUGAUACGACAACACAAACAAACCAGCGCAACCAAGACGCCGACCAGUUCAGGACAGUGCAAGAGGCGAUGAAGGUGAUCGAGAUCAACCAGUCGGAGCAGACUGAGAUCUUCGAGAUCGUCGCCAGCAUCCUGCAUCUUGGCAACGCUAAGUUUGUGCAGAACGAUAAAGGCAAUGCUGAGAUACUGACGCAUGAUGCUAACUCUGCUAAUGUGGCUGACCUCCUCAAAGUAAACAGCUCAAAACUACGCGAGGUCCUAACCAGCCGUACCAUUGACGCUCGAGGAGACGUGGUCUGCACCCCUCUAGACCUUGAACAAGCUCAGUACGCGAGAGAUGCCUUAGCUAAGGCUAUCUAUGACAAGCACUUCAGCUGGCUGGUCUCCCGUCUCAACGCGUCUUUAGCGCCGAAAGAUAAAGACACCAGGUCGUCUGUGAUUGGUAUCCUGGAUAUUUAUGGAUUUGAAAUUUUCCCGAAGAACAGCUUCGAGCAGUUCUGCAUAAACUUCUGCAACGAGAAGCUGCAGCAGCUGUUCAUCCAGCUGACGCUGAAGCAGGAGCAGGAGGAGUACUUGCGCGAGGGCAUCGAGUGGGAGCCUGUCGAGUACUUCAACAACAUCGUCAUCUGUGACCUUAUUGAGGCCAGGCAUACAGGUAUCAUCUCGAUCCUGGACGACGAGUGCCUCCGACCCGGAGACGCCACAGACCUGAGCUUCCUGGAGAAGUUGACGCAGAACUUGGAGCCGCACCCUCACUACAAGUCACAUCGCCGAUCUGAUGUCAAGACGCAGAAGAUUAUGGGACGCGAUGAGUUCUGCCUGGUGCACUACGCUGGGGAAGUCACGUACAAUGUGCACACGUUCUUGGAGAAGAACAAUGACUUGCUGUUCAGAGACAUCCAGAGCCUGAUGGCCAGCAGUGGGAACACCAUCGUCGCUAGCUGCUUCAAGGACGUGAACCGAGCAAGCAAGAAGCGCCCGGAGACGGCGAUCACUCAGUUCAAGAACUCGUUGAACGAGCUGAUCAAGAUCCUCAGCAGCAAGGAGCCUUCCUACAUCCGCUGCAUCAAGCCUAAUGACUUCAAGGCUCCUAUGCAAUUUGAUGAGAAGCUAGUUUCCCACCAAGUGAAGUACCUCGGUCUGAUGGAGAACUUGCGCGUCAGACGAGCUGGCUUCGCCUACAGGAGAACUUACGAGGCCUUCCUAGAGAGAUACAAGUGUCUGUCUCGCGACACGUGGCCGAACCACCGUGGACCCGCCAGGGAUGGUGUGCAGAAACUGGUGGAAGUCCUCAACUAUGAGAAGGAGGACUACAGGAUGGGCAACACCAAAAUCUUCAUCCGCUUCCCGAAAACGCUCUUCGAGACGGAAGACGCCUACCAGAUCAAGAAGAACGACAUUGCCACCGUCAUCCAGAGCAGAUGGCGAGGGUACUGGCAGAGGAAGCAGUACCUCCGCAUGAGGGAGGCAGCCAUCGUCAUCCAGAAGUGGGUGAGGAGGUUCCUCGCGCAGAGGCUUAAGGAGAGGAGGAAGAAGGCUGCUCAGGUCAUCAGGGCGUUUAUUAAAGGUUUCAUCACCCGCAACGGCCCCGAAACCCCUGAAAACCGUCGUUUCCUCGGCAUUGCCAAGGUGCACUGGCUGAAACGCCUCGCUACCCAGCUGCCCACCAAGAUCCUGGACUUAUCCUGGCCAGUAUGCCCUGCCACCUGCCAGGAGGCUUCCAAGGAGCUGCAUCGUCUGCAUAGAGCUCAUCUGUCGAGGAAGUACCGCCUGGCGCUGGCGCCGCAGGAUAAGAAGCAGUUCGAGCUCAAGGUCUUGGCUGAGAAGAUGUUCCGAGGCAAGAAGAACAGCUACCCAGCAAGUAUCAGCGAGCGGUUCGUGGAGGAUCGCCUGACUGCGGAGCACCAGACCCUCAGGAACACCUUCAUGGCCUCGCCUUCCUGGCCCACAGGAGAACAGCUUAUUUAUUCGUGCGAAGCCGUGAAAUACGACCGUCGCGGCUACAAGCCUCGCUCCCGCGCCCUCCUCGCGUCCGACAAGGCGCUGUACGUGCUCGACGCUGCCGGACGCAAGACGUACAAGCUCAAGCAUCGUCUGCCGCUCGACAAGCUGAGGGUAGUCGUCACUAAUGAGAACGACACCCUCGUGCUUGUCAAGAUACCGCAGGAGUUGAAGAAGGAUAAGGGUGACCUGAUCAUCUCGGUAAGCAACCUGAUCGAGGCGCUGACCAUCGUCACCGACUACACCAAGAAGCCGGAGCUCAUCGAGAUCGUCGACACCAGGACCAUCGCGCACAACCUGGUGAACGGCAAGCAGGGCGGCACCAUCGAGGUGCAGAACGGGCCGCAAGCCAACAUACACCGCGCCAAGAGCGGCAACCUGCUCGUUAUCGCGACCCCCUGAGCGGACCAGUAUUGCAACAAACUAGUAAACUAAACAAACAACGAUGUUACUGUACGUAGUUUUACUUCAAACUAUUCCAUUUCGUAUCGCAUACUAUUUAUUGUAGCGCCAAGUGAUGUGCCUGACCAAUGUAAAUAGCAAUUUAUCGAUACAAAUAUCGAUAUUUAAAAUCGUCUUCUUAUAAUUUUAACAGCCGCUACUUCCAACAUUUUUUAGGAUAUUUACUGAGCAUAUAAAAUUUUAUCUUUUGAACCAACUUAAUCUGCCUUUUAACUAUUAAAUCGUUAAAAAUUGUCAGUGUUCUAUAGGAAGUAAUGUUGUAACUAUCAGGCACAUUUGUACGUUUGGUUAACUUAAUCUUAGCAAGUGAACAACGACUAGUGACGUUAAGUUUUUUUAUAAAUUAUGAAUGAUUGAUUAUUAUUUUUGUGUAGAGUACUUAUUUCUUAUUCAAUUUUAUUUAUUUCUGUUUUUAGUUAAGGGCUCUAUGAUACUAAAAUUAAAUCACUUCCUAGAAUAAAUUAUAGAGUAGAAAAAAAAUCUAUAUAGUCUACCUAGAGUUCUUAACUAUAAAUAACCGGAAAAUGUUAAUGUUAUACGCAUGCAGUUUUAUUAAAUUGAUGAUACUAAAUUUUUAUUUUAUAUAAUGUUAUAAUUUGUAACAGUUUUCUAACGAUUUAUGUAUUCGAUGUGAUAAAAUCUACAUGAGAUUUACGUACAAAGUACUUAGUAUUUUUUGUAUGCCAUACAACUUAGUUAUCGUCAGAAAUGUGUCAAUUAAUAUUUAUUAGAAUUUAUAAACAAUUUAAAUGAUUUUGUAAAUAAUAAUAAAUUGUAAAAUAAUUACUAGCUGAAUAUAAAGCUGUAAUAAUAGUCGUAUUUACCAAAGGUAAUUUCAAAAUUUUGAUAAAAAUUAAGCUAGUUCAAACUAUUAGAUUAAAAAAAUCACUUCUAUUCUUAAUAAUUGUCAUAAAAUAUUUAUAUUAUUGACACAUUUCGUAUUGUUUGUAAUAAUGGAUAAGCUGAAUCAAAGGUGCCUACUUUAAGGAAAUUUUGAAGUAAUGUUACAAACGAAAGUAUUUUAUAAGAUCAAUGUAAAUGGCGCGAUCCUAUAAUACAGGACUUUUACAAAGUGAACUUGGAGUCUAUUGUGUAAAGAUAUUUUAGUCAUCGAAAAAUAUAUUAUUAUUCGUAAUUCAUGCUCGGUUAUGAACUAUUCUUAGAAAAAAUACGCAAUAGGCCUCUGUGUUUACCUUACGUAUGCCAUAAUGGUACAGGCUAAUAAGUGCCUUGUUUAUAUAAAGCCAGUCCCUUUGCAGUCUUAAAUAAACGUAUUUUAAUUAA